AUGAAAGAGAAAGAGUGGGGAAAGAAGAAGAGUGAUGAAAGAAGAAAAGUGAUGAAAGAAGAAGGAAAGAAGAACAGUGAUGAAAGGAGAAAGAGUGAAGAAGGAAAGAAGAACAGUGAUGAAAGGAGGAAGAGUGAUGAAAGAAGAAGAAAGAAGAGUGGUGAAAGAAAAGAGUGAGGAAAGAAGAAAAGUGAGGAAAUGAGGAAGUUUGAGAAAAGAAGAAGCAAGGAAAGAAGAAGAGAAGAAAGAAGAAGAAGUGAGGAAAGAAGAAGAGAUGAGGAAAGGAGGAAGGAUGAGAAAAGAAGUAGAGUGAGGAAAAAAAAGAGUGAGGAAAGAAGAAGAAGUAAUGAAGAAAAGAAAAAGAGCAAGGAAAGAAGAAGAGAAGAAAGAAGAAGAAAGAGUGAGGAAAAAAGACAUGAAAGAAAAAGAGUGAGGGAAGAAGAAGAGUGAGGAAAGAAGAUGAGUUGGGAAAGAAGAAGAGAGGUGGAAGAAGAAGUGAGGAAAGCAGAAGAGAGGUGAAAAAAGAAGAGUGAGGAAAGAAGAAGAGUGAAGAAAAGAGGGAGAGUGAGGAAUAAGGAGAAGACUGAUGAAAGAAGAAAGAGUGAUGAAAGAAGAAGAAGUGAGGAAAGGAGGAAAGUUGAGAAAAGAAGAAGAGUGAUGAAAGAGGAAGAGUGA